AAUGUAGGGGGAGAGAGAUAGCGGAGAUGGAUAGAGGUGGGGUCAAUGGAGAGGGAGGGGAGGAGUUGUGAAGGGAGAGUAAUGCAGGACCGCAGUGGUGGGAGGCGGAAAGGUGUAUAAAAUAAAGCCGAGAAGGGAGACGGAGGAAGAGAGAGGCAACAGGUGUGUGGGGGAGAGUGGAGAGACGGAGAGACGAGGAGAGGCUCAGGAAGGGGUGUGUAUAGGGGGGGGGUGAGGGAGCCGAGGAAUUGUAAAUCCUCCACUCCUCCACGGAGACCCAGGGGCCCAGGACGGGUGAGAGAGGGUAGGGCUCUGCGCUCUGCUUCGCAAGACUCCACGGGACCCCCAGAGGGACCCCCUGUAGGGAGCGGGGAUCGCGGCUCUCAGGUGAAGUUGACGCGGGACGAGCGGCGCGAACGAGUUCCCCCAGAGCGGAAUAAGGCGAGGUGUCCGCGACGUGGCCGGACGAACUCCCGGGGCAGCCACUUGCGAGACGCCGCGAGUCUCACCAAGGCGUUGUGACUCCCCGUGCUGCGGGAGAUCCGCGUCCCCUCGGGCUUCCCCGCACGUCGGCGAUGGUCGGCGCCUUGAUGGAGGAGGAGGAGCGGGAGGGCUGCGUGGACCUGCAUAGGUUCCACGAGGUGCCCACGUGGGCGCGCGUGCUCCUCACGCUACUCUACUCCGCGCUGCUCGUCACGGGCGUGGUGGGCAACGCCGUCACGGUGCUCGUGACGGUGCGGCGUCGGCGGCGCGCGGGGCUGCAGAGCCGCGUGAGCUACCACAUGGUGAGCCUGGCCGUGUCGGACCUCCUCGUGCUGGCGGUGGGGGUGCCCGUGGAGCUUGCCACGGUAGUGUGGCGCCCCGCGGGCGCGGGCGAGGCCGCCUGCAAGCUGCACUUCUUCCUGUGGGACGCCUGCACCUACGCCACGCUGCUCAACAUCGCCGCGUUCAGCGCCGAGCGCUACCUGGCGGUGUGCCACCCGUUCCGCGCGCGCGCCAUGACGCGCUCGCGCACCAAGGCGAUGCUGCUCGCUGUAUGGCUGCUCGCCGUCGUGUCGGCGCUGCCGAUGCUCUUCGCCAUGGGACUGGAGGACGCCUACGAGGCGCUGCGGGCGACCGCGCGGAGCCGCGCCCGAGCCUCCGGCUGCUCCGCCGUCUUGGCGCGGCACAACGGCACGGCGCUGGUGUGUACGGGCUUGCGCGCGCGCGAGACGAUGAUGCGCGCCACCGUGUACACUUGCCUCGCCGUCUUCCUCGUCGUGUUGGCCGCCGUCGCCUACAUGUGCCGCAAGAUGGUCGUGCGCAUCGAGGGGCUCGGCGCCGGGGAGGUGUCGGCCAAGUGGGAGAAGGGGGGCGGUGGGGGCGACAGCAGCAGCAGCAAAAAGAAGGAGAAGGAGGAUGAGGGGGAUGAGGAGCAGCGCCAGCAGCUGGGGCGAGAGCAGGAGGAGGAUGAGAAGGAGCAUCGGAAGGAGGAGAGAAAGAGCCGGAGGGUGAUGACGGGCACCAAGAAGGCGCCGAGGAGCAAGCUGGACGCAGCCAAGCGACAGAGCGUCCUCAUGCUGGAGCUCGUGGUGCUGGCGCUGGCCGUGUGCUGGCUGCCCUUCCAGGCGACGCGCAUCAUGAGCGUGGUGCGCUCGCACGGCGAGUGGACCGUGGCCUACUACCGCGCCUUCCAGGUCACGCACCGCAUCACCGACUGCUUCUUCUUCCUCAGCUCCACCGUCAACCCGGCGCUUUACUGCCUAAGCUCCCCCCGGUUCCGCCACGCAUUCUGGCAGUGCCUGUGCUGCCGCUUUAGCAAAGACGCUGAGGAGAAUGGGGCUGGUGGCAGAAUGGCGGGGACAGGAGCGGCAGCAGUGGCGGCGGCGGGGAGAAGGGAGAGGAGAGGAGACAGCAGCCACGGCAUCACGGAGAGCGACUCCUCCACGGACGCCACCGGAGGGGGAGUGUUUGGCCGCGGGCUCAGCAUCUUUACCAAGACGCGCUGGGGCCGCGGGAAGGGGCGGGCGGCGCCGGCCGGGUCCCUUCCCGUGGGGGGCCCCGACCCACCGGGGGCCGGGCCCGCGGAGCACACGGUGCAACUGGUGGGGAGCGUUGCCACGUUGGACGAGAGCUCCGUGUAGCCACGCUCACUGAGUGGCGACGACGCCCUGAGCGGGCCCCUCGCGGUGAAUUGAGGGAGUUGCCGGGAACUUUGGACGACCCCAACGGCGUUUGUUCCAUGGGCCACGUUCUGCUGAACAACCAUCGUCAGUUUAACGGUGCAUACCUGGCCUAUGUUGGUUUGGCGGACAAUAUUGAUCCAUACCUUCCAAUGGUCUGCUCAUUAAUGUUGUUGCUGUUGUUGUGAAGCCCGUUUACCCAGGAAAUCUUCACUGAAUUUCCAGACUCGUUUUCAGGAGAGUGCUGCAGAGUUGUUUCUGCUGCUGUGAUUGCAAAUGAGUAAUUUGCAGGUCAUUAAUUUUCAGAUUGGGAUGUUUUAGCCAAUACCGGUUAACUUUGGGUGUGGGUUUAGCUCUGGGAGGAAAUCCAUGCAGAACAGGAGGAGAACAUACGGACACAUUUCAGACAACACAACAAAACGUUUAAAAAAAGCACUCAAGCCAUUGCGCACAAUUGCAAAAGCCAUCAGAACUUCCUGAGAAACGGCACUAUGGUGCCCUCUUUAGUCACCAGCAAAAUCUAUUUGAGUAAAUGUGACCACCGACUAACCAGCAGAAGCAGUGAUGCUGUGAUAAACAACUGUGGAGCGGUUUCACCCGCAUUAAGACUCAUCAUCAGAGGAGUCACCCAUGUUCACUGCUGCAAAGUCUGCCAAUGGAAACUAUACAUAAGUGUGACCACAAUGCAGUUCUUCAGGAACUGCUGAUGGUUGUUCCAUAAUGUACAAAUGUGGGGUGCUUUGAGUGCGGUUUUUUGUGUGUGUUGUUUGAAGGUCGUGGCUCUCCAGCCUGCACUGUAAUUCUGUUGCGGUGAUAGGAAUCCCACGUCAUUCACAGACGUCGCGUGUGGUGGGGUAAAGUGUGGGUACUCCCAUCUCUUCAAAGACGUCUGGUCGUCGUGGAAGAGGAGACCAAGUACCCUCUAGGUCUCCCUCUAGUGGAGCGCCGGGCUGCGCCUUUGCCUUGUAGCUGAGAGACGAGGGCACGUGAACCACAUGGCGGUGACUUGGGCCACCGGGCCGUUUGUUACGUCCUCGAGCGCCCAUCGGUGAAUUCGUUACUGACAUUCCCCAAGAACCAGUGACCGGUUCUUGGUAAUCAUCUGGCAACCCUGGUUUGGAGUGCCUCGGUGAUCCAGAGAGAGCAAGAGAGUGACGCGAGUGUUGAAGCGCUUGGAAGGACCAUCCUGGCCAGACAGGUCAGUGCCGAAGAGGCCUCUCAGAGGCCUGCAGUGGGCAGUGUCUGAGGGGGCUGGCGUCGGGCCCGCAGCCUCACGGUAGGGGGUUGAUAGAGGGCGAAUGUGGAUGAACCAGAAUAAAAAAUAAUAACAGCGAUGGGAUUUGUAAUGCGUGAGUCUGAGGCGUGGAGCAAAGCUGAGUAUCACUCGAAAGCCAGGCAAGAGAUGGGGUCUUUGAGAAGAAGCUGGGACUUUUAAGAGUAUCUUCAAA